GAGAUGAUCCUGCGGGCCGUGCCCAAGCAGCGCACGAGCCAUUCGAAGAAGCGCAAGCGCAUGGCAACCAAGGGCCUGAAGAACCGCAAGGAUCUGGUGCCGUGUCGCGGGUGCGGUCGGCCAAAGGCUGUUGCGCAGAUCUGCCUCAACUGCUACCAUGACAUCAAGCGGACGCUCAAG